AUGCAGCGACAUUUCCCAUUCCAUUACCAUUGCACGGAUCCCGAGAUCUCGUUAUCAACACAACAACCGCUCGAAUGUCAUAAAAAUGGGUCCACCUUUGUGUGGUGUCAAGCUGUUCCCGGUCUACAAUGUAAUGGUCUCUAUUCAAAUGGAACUUUCAAGAAAGAGAUCCGAGAUGCAUGUGAUCAGCGCGCUCAUCUCAAUCAUUCCACCGCUCUUCUUCUUUCAAUUUUUCUCGGUUUUCUUGGCGUCGAUCGCUUUUAUUUGGGCUACUAUGCAAUCGGUAUCCUGAAACUCUUUUCAUUAGGCGGUCUUCUCAUAAUUUACCUCGUGGACAUAAUUUUGAUUGCAUUAAAUUUGUUGGGUCCAGCGGACGGUUCGCGAUAUUUAAUGCCAUACUAUGGCCCUCACUCAACAUCAUUACGUCUUGACAAUGAUACUUUUUUGGUUUUGUACUCUUUCACUAUU